AUGAAGAUCUAUACCGACAUUUUCUCUGGUGAUGAAUUAUUAUCCGAUGCUUACGACUUGAAGCUAGUCGACGACGUUGUUCUCGAAGCAGACUGUCAAAUGGUCCAAGUCAAGCCAGGUGCUGAUGUUGAUAUUGGUGCAAACCCUUCUGCAGAAGGUGACGACGAUGACGUUGAAGAAGGUGUCGAAACCGUCAACAACGUUGUCUACUCCUUCAGAUUGCAACAGACCUCCUUUGACAAGAAGUCCUUCUUGACCUACAUCAAAGGUUACAUGAAGGCAGUCAAGGCUAAGUUGGCAGAAUCUGAUCCAGACGCUAUUCCAACUUUUGAAAAGGGUGCAGCUGCUUACGUCAAGAAGGUCAUUGGCUCUUUCAAGGACUGGGAAUUCUACACCGGUGAAUCCAUGGACCCAGACGCUAUGAUUGUCUUGUUGAACUACAGAGAAGAUGGUGAAACCCCAUUCGUUGCUAUCUGGAAACACGGUGUUAAGGAAACCAAGAUCUAA